CGUUCGAAGUUGGUCCGCGUUAUACAAAUUUAUCGUAUAUGGGCGAGGGUGCAUACGGAAUGGUCGUGUAAGUGUCAUCGUUUGUAAUUCGCUGUCAUCCGCGGCGAGUUUCGUCGAUCCGCUUAUGAUAAUGUAACAAAAACAAAAGUAGCUAUUAAGAAAAUUUCUCCCUUUGAACAUCAAACUUAUAGCCAAAGAACUUUAAGAGAGAUUAAAAUUUUGACAAGGUUUAAACACGAGAAUAUAAUAGAUAUAAGAGAUAUAUUAAGGGCACCUACCAUAGAGCAAAUGAAAGAUGUGUAUAUUGUUCAGUGUCUGAUGGAAACUGAUUUAUACAAGCUUCUCAAAACGCAAGCUAUUAGUAACGAUCAUAUAUGUUAUUUUCUCUAUCAAAUACUUCGAGGAUUAAAGUACAUUCAUUCUGCAAACGUUUUGCAUAGAGAUCUCAAACCAAGCAAUUUACUUUUGAAUACCACCUGUGACCUUAAAAUUUGUGACUUUGGUUUGGCUAGAGUCGCAGAUCCAGAGCACAAUCAUGCUGGAUUUCUUACAGAGUAUGUUGCUACAAGAUGGUACAGAGCGCCAGAGAUAAUGCUUAAUUCUAAGGGAUAUACAAAAUCUAUAGAUAUUUGGUCGGUAGGUUGUAUUCUCGCUGAAAUGUUAUCGCGAAGAGCAAUAUUUCCCGGUAAACAUUACUUGGAUCAGCUUAAUCAUAUUCUUGGUGUAAUUGGAUCCCCAUCCGAAGAAGAUUUAGAAUGCGUCAUAAAUGAGAAAGCACGUAAUUAUCUUGAAUCAUUACCGUUCAAGCCAAAGGUACCAUGGACAAGUUUGUUUCCAAAGGCUGAUCCAAGAGCUUUAGAUUUGUUGGAUAAAAUGCUUACAUUUAAUCCUAAUAAACGGAUCGUAGUUGAUGAAGCAUUAGCACAUCCGUAUUUGGAACAGUACUAUGAUCCAUCUGAUGAGCCUGUCGCAGAGGAACCAUUUAAAUUUGAUAUGGAGUUGGAUGAUCUUCCAAAAGAGAUUUUAAAGAAGUAUAUAUUUGAGGAAACAUUAUUAUUUCAGAAAAAUCAUCAACAACAAAACGCGAUUUAGUUUACUGCUACAACUACAAGUCCACAGGAUGACCAAAAAAGAGGAUAGAAAGGUGUGAUAAAGAAGUAAUAGAAAUAUACUUCCCACAGCUAAUCAGCUGUCUGUCUAACGACUAAGAGAAACAGGAACAAGGAAAUUGGUUAAAG